AUGCAAAUUAGCAUAGUAGCGAUUCAUGGCAUCGGCGCUCACCCAGACGAUACUUGGACGAAACGUGUCGAGACUGAAGAUGGCAAGGCGGCAUACAUCAGCUGGCUUACUGAAGGGCGGAUGCUACCUGCGGUGGCUACAAAUGCGCGAAUCAUGCGUUAUGGCUACAAAUCCAAUUGGUUUGGCAAGAAGCCUAUGCAGGCCAAGGAGUUCAAUUAUCGCCCGCUGAUCUUUAUUACCCAUUGCUUUGGCGGCCUCAUUGCGCUCAAGGCAUCAGUGCUGGCACGGAAUGACGAAGAAGAUUGGAGACCUAUCUUCAAGUCCACGAUCGGCCUUCUUACUCUCGGAACACCUUUCAGAGGUGCCGACGGAAUGCAAUACCGGGAAAUUGUGGAGGCGGCGUUGAGAGAGUACACCGAAGACGAAGUUCGAGCUGAGACUAUUGACGUCUUGCAGCGCGAGAACGAAACACUCAACGACCUUGUCACCGAGUUUUGUAAAAUACACAAGAGAGAGGGCCAUGCUCAGAUAGCCUGCUUCUACGAGACGGGUUACACGGACGUGGGCAAAGUAGUAGGGGGCGAGCAACGGAUCAGACUUCUAGUCACCGAAAGCUCAGGUCGUCUCGACUUUGCUGACAAUGGCUCGAUCGCGAGGGACCAUUUUGAGAUGAACAAGUUUGAGGAGCCGGGCGAAGAAGACUUCAUGCUAGUCAUGAAAGCGCUGAAGAAGAUGAUUAGAGGUGCGAAUUUACGAAUGCUGAGUCUUUCCGCAUCUGGAAACGCUGAGUAA